AUGCUGGGGCACAAAGGCAAGCAGAACCCACACCCCUCGGUGCUGAGGGGGCUGCCGCUGGCGGCUCUGACCUCCCCGAGGUGGACAGACCUCACUCUUCGCAGUAGUCCGAGGGGGGAAAUCUCACCACCAUUCAUCCCUGCUCAGCGCCCUCCCUACGUGGCCGGGAUUCGAACCUGCGACAAGGGUGCAAUAGGGCCCGGCUCCGCGGCCGCCGGCUCCAACUGCGCAUGCUCGGGUUGGCGAGGCACACGUGCAGUUGGCGUGCGGGUAGUGGGAGGGAGCGGAGAAAAACGCGCGUGCGUAAGCGUUUGCCUGCGCGCAUUCGUUGUGACGCGAGGGCGGGAGCGGGCGGCGGCCCGUGGGCGAUUCCAGGAGACUCUGCAAAGGAUCAUCUCUACUCUUGCAAACAAAAAUGAUGAAAUUCACAACUUCAUUGACAUGCUGAACCAAACAAUACAAAAUGUUCAGAUAAACUCUUCUAAUGUGAUCAGUGAAUUGGAUGAUGAAUUUGAUGCUCUGUAUUCUGUAUUGGAUGAGAUGAAGGGGAGUAUGGCUAGCACUAUUCAGCAGGAACAGGCCCGUAAAAUUCAAGCUCUUCAGAAUCAGCUUAGCCAGUGUAGUAAUGCCCUGGAGAGUUCUGAAGAGCUGCUGGAACUUGCUGCACAGUCGCUGGACAUAAAGGACCCUGUGAAAUUCUCAGAGGCUGCCAGACAGAUCAAAGAUAGAGUCACAAUGGCUUCAGCAUUUCGCAUCUCUCUGAAACCAGAGGUCAGUGACAGUAUGACUCAUUUGAUGGUGGACUUCUCCCAGGAAAGGCAUGCACUCCAGACUGUGAAGUUUUUGCCAGUUCCUAAAGCUCCAGUGAUUGAUUUGGCAGCAUGUCUAGUCAUUGAUAACUGUAUAACAGUAUCAUGGAGAAUGCCUGAAGAAGACAGUAGAGUUGAUCACUUUGUACUGGAAUAUAGGAAAACCAACUUUGAUGGACUUGCUCGUGUAAAAGAUGAACAGUCUUGGGAACUGAUAGACUAUAUUAAAGCUACUGAAUAUACAUUAUCAGGUCUAAAGUUUGAUACAAAAUAUAUCAACGUUAGAGUACGAGCUUGCAACAAAGCUGUGGCAGGGGAAUACUCUGAUCCUGUGACUCUGGAAACAAAAGCAUUUGUGUUUGAUUUGGAUAACACUUCAUCUCAUCUGAACUUAAAAGUUGAAGAUUCCUACGUUGAAUGGGAACCUACUGGAGGUAAAGGCCAAGAAAAAGUAAAAGGGAAAGAAAAUAAAAGCAGUGGUCAGAAUACUGUGCUGAAGAGCAGUAAAAGAAGUGGUGCAUCUCCAAAGAGGACAUCUAUUGGUGGAAAGGCCGCAGUGAAGGGCAGCAGAGAUCGCUUUGCUGGUGAAUCAUACACCGUGUUAGGAAACAAUGCUAUUGAAAGCGGGCAGCACUACUGGGAAGUGAGAGCACAGAAGGACUGCAAAUCCUACAGUGUGGGAGUGGCAUAUAAAACUCUGGGGAAAUACGAUCAGCUGGGAAAGACUAACAUAAGCUGGUGCAUCCAUGUCAACAACUGGCUGCAAAACACAUUUGCAGCGAAACAUAAUAAUAAGACCAAGACACUGGAUAUACCUGUUCCAGACAGAUUAGGAGUAUACUGCAACUUUGAUGGAGGUCAGCUCACAUUUUACAAUGCAGUCUCAAAGGUGCCGCUACAUACCUUCAGAAUGAAGUUUACACAGCCAUUGUUACCAGCCUUCAUGAUCUGGUGUGGUGGUCUUGCAGUAAGUACUGGUUUGCAGGUGCCAAGUGUUUUCACUGCACUCCAGGAAAAUGAAAAUGGAUUAAGCAGAUCAACUAGUAAUCUAAAUAAUAUUGCCCAGUAAUGUCUAUUGAACACUUAUAUUGUUGAAUGUUUUUUCAGCGCAGCUUCUAUGCGCUGAAACUUGAGAAUUGGUUUGAAAAAUGGGUGGGAAAAUCAAGAGCUGUGUGUAGCUAUGUACUUUUCUAUUACUGUACUUAAGAUUUUGUUAUGGACUUGAAUAUUAAUUUUGUUACAAAUAUUUUUCUAUGAAGAAUAUAACAAAUAGUAUUUUUUUAGCUCUCCUAGCAAGAAUUAUUUGACUACAGAUUAAUACUACUGGUCUUCCCAUACAAACAUGAGAUAUAACAAGCAGGCAUUUCAAAAGAAUAUCUAUUCAUGUAAGAGAUUGUGGGGUAGAUAUGAAGAAAUAAAGCAAUCUGUGCUUUUUUUCUGAUUUAGAAAAAAAAAAUCAAAAACUAACACCUAAUUUAUUUUUGGAUUGGUAGUCAUAUAUUUUCUUUCACAAAUCACAUAAAAUGAUGUUUUUUUUACCUCAGUUCUUACCUGGAAGUUUAAUAGUAGUCAGAUGAUUUAUUAGUGGGAGGGCUUAA